AUGAGGUUUCUCUGCCAGAUACUUCUUAUUUUUAGUUUGUUGUUUGUUUUUAGAAUCUGUUUGUGUUAGAAUACUAGUCUGUGGUUGUUUAUCUGAAAGAGAAAAUGGGUCAUCAUACAUGUUGUAACAAACAAAAAGUGAAGAGAGGGCUAUGGUCUCCUGAAGAAGAUGAAAAACUCAUUAACUAUAUUACUACUUAUGGUCAUGGUUGUUGGAGCUCUGUUCCUAAGCUUGCAGGACUUCAAAGAUGUGGGAAAAGCUGCAGAUUGAGGUGGAUAAAUUAUCUCAGACCAGAUUUGAAACGUGGGAGUUUCUCCCCUCAAGAAGCUGCACUUAUCAUUGAGCUCCACAGCAUUCUUGGCAACAGGUGGGCACAAAUAGCAAAGCAUUUACCUGGAAGAACAGACAACGAAGUGAAGAAUUUUUGGAAUUCCGGUAUCAAAAAGAAGCUCCAUCUUUCUCAUGGAAUCCACCCUGAUCUCUCCAUCAUCUUUCCUAAUUAUAAUAAUCUCAUCACUAAUCCAAACCCUAAUCCCUCUUUUGAUAAUUUCUACUCAUUCAACCCCAAUGUUCCUAUUACUAAUUGUUUCAUGUCAAGUACAAACUCUCCCCUAAUUCUUGACCAAAUGAACAACAUUAAUUAUAAUAGGGAUUUGAAUUUAAUUAAUCAUAAUGGGGAUUUGAACUUAAUUAAUCAAGUGGAGCCUAAUUCCCUCCCUUUGACAUUUAACUCAAUUUCAAAUGAUCCUACAUGGUUUAAUUUCAAUUAUCCUAAUCAUCUUCAACAUGACCUUGAAUAUAACCCUAGAGUAAUUAAACAAGACAACUCCAUUGAUUCCAUGCUCACCUCCAACAUUUCUUUGAAUGGUACUAAUGAGGAGAAUUUCAUGGAUUCAACAAACGCGGAUAUCAAAAUUCAUCAAGAUUUAAUGAUGACACCUUUAUUGUUUCCCGAUCAAUUUAUGAUGAGACCUAGUACUCUUCCUACAACUUGGGAUUCAUAG